GUGUUUUGCAGAGCGGCAAAUACAAAUUUCUUCUCAUCACCCCCAUAAAAUUCCCGUAAAUCCCCUUAAAUUUUCUGCAAAAUGGAUGUAGUUACUAUGGUUAUAUGUGUCCCAAGAAGGAAAUGAAUCUACCGGUUGCCUCUUAGGUUUUAUGAAAUCAAUCCUCCCCUGGAAAAAUAUUUAAAAACAAAAAGCAAACAACCGAGAGAAAAGAAGAUUGCUGAACCCUUGACAUCCUGUUCAGGAACCAGAAUGGCGUCUAAUAACACCAAGCGUAAAGACAUGCUUGGCUUGAAGAAGAGAAGUUUAUCCUUAAAGUUCGGCCAAAAAGAGGACAUGCCUUUCUCACCGUUGCUCCCUACAAAGAUGGGUGGACCUACAUUGGCAUCCCCAAUGACUACGUUGUCUGCGUUCAUGGGGGAGUUAAAUUGCGAGGGUAGCACCCCUAAGCGACGCUUGUCACUCUCUAGCACAGGAGACACGCCGGUGAGCUCUCGAGCGUCGUCACAAAGUUCAGAUCUAGGACAACCAGUAUUUUACAUAGGUUCCCCAACCGCAGACGAGUCCCCCUUUGCAGAACAAUCUUCUUCCCUGAGUGCAUUCCGGCGCUACAAUUCUCUCCCCAGUCCACAAGCUGCCCCUGAUCCCCCAGUCUUCUUGUUAUCCAAAGAAAUAAAAAGUGAAGAGGGCUCAAAUGGUUGCUUAGCGACGGAGGUUGAUGAAAAGGAGUGUCAAAGAAAGAGAGCAGAGACGAUCAUGUGGGAAGCGUGUAAUGACCAAGAAAAUAUUGAUGUUCAGCGGAAAAUUGAAACCUUCAAAACAGGCCGGCCCAGGCAGAUUUCUUUCAUCGAGGCUGGAACAUUCGAAGCCACAACUAAAGAGAGACCAAUCUCUGCUCCUGCUUCCUUGCUUGAGCAGGCAGCGAGACCACAGACGACCGUACUCAACUCCCCUGUCAAGCUUCAACACUGCCGCCUCGUCAGCAGCAACGAAGAUGAGGAAGAUGGUUUUACUGAACUCUUCAUGGAUUCAAAUGAGGCCUCAGAAUCGGCUGUACCCGGGAGUCUGUGCAGCCUCCUCAGCGCCCCCAUGGUCAUCUCACCGCCUACCCCAUCCUCUGACCACGCCCUUCGUGACCUCGACUGCAACACUUUAGAUGACACCCCGAAUGGUCCCAAAUGUCGAAGAACAAUCUUCAAAGUCCCGAGCCAACCCGUGAUGAGAAGGUCAUCCUUCUUAAAGCGGGCAGAUCGACCGCGGGACACCCCAAGCCCAGUUCAGAGUAAAAGAUACAGGAGUAGUUCAGAUACCCUCGCGCCUGAACUUGAUAGAGAAUUAGAUACACAGAUAUAUCAGAGUCCGAGGGCGCGGCGUCUUGGGCGAUCCCAUUCUAUGGAUGAGGGGCGGGACUAUCAUCAGAAAGUGGCCAUGGCUUUAAAUUGUGACCAUACUGUGCUCACUGGUGACCGCACAAAGCCGGACGCCUUACCGCUGUGUGAUGGUAAACACCGCGACUUAAAGAGCAUCACACCAGAGACGAUGUGUAGAGUCUUAAGGUCAGAGUUCCCAAAGGUCAAAGAGCACUUCAUCCUUGACUGUCGAUACCCCUACGAGUACAAAGGCGGACACAUCAAGGGAGCCAUGAAUCUUUACACCAAGGAUUUGGUCAGAAAUUUCUUCUUGGAAAAACCCAUGGAGGAGAAAGAAGGGCGUGUCAUCAUCUUCCACUGUGAAUUCUCAUCCAAGCGAGGGCCGGACUUGCUCCGUUUCCUCCGUAACAAAGAUCGGGACGCCAACAUCGACCACUACCCGACCCUCUAUUAUCCAGAACUCUAUAUUUUAUACGGCGGGUAUAAAGCAUUCUACGAAAACGACAAGACAAUGUGUGAGCCGCAGACGUACUUACCAAUGGAACACGAAGACUACCGGGAAGAUUGCAAAACCUUCAAGGCCAAGUCAAAGUCAUGGGCGGGGGAACGUAGCCGUCUCGGCCACCGAAAAACCAGCGUCAGCUGAUGAGGACACAGACUUGCCCGAUGACACCGCCAGUGCUCGUGUGGACUUAUGGACAAGUCGUCACUGCCGUGAUAGUUCAAUGAGUAGCUAUUUCUUAUCGUGAUUGAAGACUGCUCUCGCGCGAGGCUACUGGCUCCUUGACUCCUUUCCGAAACUUAGAUCUAUAUAUAGCCCUUUUCGAAAACCACGACUGCGGCUUUGGAUUCGGCUUCAGGCUCUGCCCUCUCGUCUGAAGCCCUGAGCGUGUACGCAAAGCACGCACAAAAUAUUGUCAAAACAACCGCGGGGCCAAGCUAUCAUAAGAUGAAUCUGAAGCCGUGGAUUUGAAAAGGUGUGGCAGUUGUCUCGCGUGGACCAGCAGUCUCGCGAAAACAACGCCAGUGUCACGAGAAUCGCCGAGAGAGCCAGAACGCGAACACCAACAAACAUAACGACUUGUCAGCAAGUCUAGUGCAUGUUCCACUCAAUGCUGAAUGAUUUUCGCGUUGUCCCAGAUUAACUUCCGUGUUACUCUUUCAUACCAUCCACUCUUCAUUUCCGUUCCCGGUUACCGCGGUUUUUCUUAUAUAAAUAAUUUCCAGGAUGCCUCUGUAAAACAUCACGAAGCUAUAACUGAUCCGGCAUUAGCCCUCAAUGAAUUCCGCACAUCACCAUAGCAACCCAUCCAUUAUUUCUCAGCCAUCCUAAAUUAAAAACAGGUGAUCUUUUUGUCGAAUUGUAUUGACUUUUCGAGUUUUUCUAUUCUGCGUUUGGGUUUAACUCUUUUCGGAUACAGUUUUCUCAAACUAUGUCUCUGCUUCAGAUACAAAAAUGUGCUGAUAAGAUGUUUAUAAUCAGUAAGCUUUCAGACUGUAAAGUUUAUUUUAAAGACG